AUGGACAAGUAUAGCGACCAGCGCAGCUCUACCGCCAACGACUCCGACGUCCACUCCGUCUCGUUGGAGAAGGAAGGUCUUUUGGACGGGGCUUCAAUACACGAAUCCAAACCACCCAGGAUGCGGUCACAGUCCCGCGUGUACCUCCUUUUGGCUGCCCUCAUGGCCGUUGCGAACGUGGUCCUGGGUGCUCUUCUCGUUGCCCAGUUUCGAAGCAGCCAGCAGAAGGCCCAUUCUCACCGCCACGACCAUCAUGAGAAGAAGCCUACUCCGAUUCCAAUCGGGGGUCUGCCGCAGGUGAAUUCGCACCCAGAUUGGCUGCCCCCGGAGGAGUGGCGCACCGAGAUAUUUCGACUCCAUGAAAUCUACGGAGAGGAACCAGUUGGCACGGCAAAAGAGGCAUGGCUGUCGCUGAUUCCAAGUGAGUAA